CAUCCAUAAAUUUUUGGAAAUUAAAGUGUGAACUCAGUAGUUCACGGAAAACAUACAUUUUUCUACAAUAUAUUCCAUCAUUUCUUAGCAGUCAGGUUAUACAAGCAAUGGCUAAAGCACAAGAAAAGAUGUCAACAAUCUUGAGUAUUGAUGGAGGAGGAGUUAGGGGACUUAUUCCUGCCCAAGCUCUUGGAUUUUUAGAGGCCAAACUUCAGGAAUUAGAUGGUGCAGAAGCCAGAUUAGCAGAUUAUUUUGAUCUUAUAGCAGGUACUAGUACUGGAGGACUGAUGACUGCUAUGAUAACAUCUCCAAAAGUUAACAAACGUCCCCUCUUUUCUGCCAAAGAAGUAACUGAUUUCUACUUAAGGAGACUUCCAAAAAUUUUCCCCCAACCCUGCCGUUGGAAUAGGUUUGGACCAGUCAUAAGUCUAUUCCAUGGGUGCAAAUACUCAGGGCAGUGCCUCAGGCAGAUCUUCAAUGAGAUAAUUCCUAAUCUACGUCUAAACGAGACAAUCACCAAUGUGUUAUUACCCGCUUUUGAUAUAAAGCUGCAGCAGCCAGUCAUUUUUUCUACUUUUGAGGCAAAGGAAAAUGCUCUCAAGAAUCCAUUUUUAAAAGAUGUAUGCAUUGGUACAUCUGCAGCUCCUACUUUCCUCCCACCUCACUACUUUACAAUACAUGAUCAAUCCUCUAGAAGUGGUAAAAGUUUUCACUUGAUAGAUGGAGGAAUUGCUGCUAACAAUCCUACUUUGUUAGCGAUAAAUCAAAUUACAAAAAUGCGUCUGAAGGAGAAUCCGGGAUUCACAUAUACUAGACCUCAGGAUCAUGGAGACAUAUUGGUGCUUUCACUUGGAACUGGCCAAGAAGAUUCACAAAAAAUAAACUAUGAUGCCAAAGAGGCUGCUCAAUGGGGUGGUUUGGGAUGGAUUCAGAAUAAGGGUAGAGCCCCAAUCAUAGAUGUCUUCAUGAAUGCCAGUGCAGAUAUGGUGGACAUAUACAUGGCUGAUAUGUUCCAGUCUGGUUUUCACAAAGUUUUCUAUCUCAGAAUUCAGGAAGUAAACUUAAGUGGAGAUGGAGUGAGUAUAGAUUGUUCACGCAAAGAAAACCUUGAGAAUCUUGUAAAUAUUGGGAAGAAGUUAUUGGAUAAGCCUGUGAGCAAAGUGAAUUUAGAAACUGGCAAGUUUGAAGAAGUUCAAGAUAAGUUUACCAACAAGGAUGCGUUGAUCAGAUUUGCCAAAAUGUUAUCGGGAGAGAGGAGAAAAAGAUCAUCCAUAUAAUCAUAUAAGAAUAGUAGAUUUCUAAGGAUUACCAGCGCUUCUUCUUGCCUCUGGAUAUGGGCUGGGGAUUCCUUUCAAAUGCCAUGGAUAUAUUAGUGUGUUACCUUAUUCUUCAAGUUCUAUGCUGGAAAUAUAUUCAUGAAGAUCUUAUCAGUGAUGCUCUCCUUCAGAGUACUCUCAGAUUAUGCUUUUGCAAGAUGGCCGAUUUCCCAUGGGAAGAUUUUGGUUCUUCCUUCCCUAGGAUGAAGAUUCAAGUACCAAAACUCACCACCACACAAUAUGCAGUAGUAUGUCCUUUUUCUUGGUUGCAGAUCUUUUCGACUUAUCAAUACAUGUGUUCUCUAUAUUUUGAUAAUUUUGGUUGUAUGAUCGUAUGUGUUGUAUUUCUUUUGGGUUUACAGUCUUUGGACCUGGUCAUUAUUAGACUUAAGUAAAUCUUAUUUAUGCAAGCGAUACAUUUACAUGGU